CUUCACACCCGCAAUUUCAAUGGCAAACCCCUUCAUGAAUAAAUUCUACAUCCAGAGCCAACCUUCUGCCUCCAAACCCACCAAGCAUGCAGCAGCUUCGUCCACCACCUCAUCUCCGCGACGUUUUCCUUGCCUCUACUGCCCCCAGGAGUUUGACACCUCUCAAGCUCUCGCCGGCCAUCAGAAUGCUCACAAGCGCGAGCGAGCCGCUGCUGCUCGGCUAAACUUUCCGGCCAACAACCUGCAGGAAUACCGCCUACUUCCUCUGUUCCCCGCUUAUCCACAGCAGCCACAGCAGCAGCACCAGGACCAGAACCUUGCUUCCAGCUCGGUCCCUCAGAGCUUUCCGGGCGUUUCGACUGCUAAUGCUCUCUCCACUACCACUGAUGUGGAUGAUUCUGCCAAUAUGGAUCUCACCCUCCGCCUGAGGGGAUGGUACAAAAUAAGGAGGGCAGCUACGCGUAAAAAUCUCUGGAGUCUUCUUUCUUCAGCCGUCAACCUCUCUCCGGCCCCCCGGGUUGGAUCUCACCGCCAUUGCUGCCGAUCAUCUCUGAUCUCAUCAUCUUCACCGAUCACCACCAAACAGCCACUCUCUUUACUCAAAACCACAAAAAACCCCUUGUGUUUCUUCUCUGUAACAGCCGCACAAAAGGUACAAAACUCUCAGAAAUUUCCAGCUUGUGCUCUCGGUGAUUUAUGCAGAAACAGCAACGGUAGAGAGAAGAAGAUUCGGGGCAGAAGGGCAGAAGAGAGAAGGAGCUUGGGUGAUUUCCGGUGUCUCUUUGGUGGUUAUCCGGUGGCUGGACCUGUUCUAUUAGCUACAUAUACAGCACAGCCAUCGCAGCAUAUCAAUUAAGACCUGGAUUCUAGGAAGCAAUUACAGAAAGCAAUUAAUUAGCAAUUGCAU